GGCUUCCUCCCGGAGGGGGCCCUAUCUUCAAGACUGACUGGAGAAGGGGCUUGAGUGGGGCUCAGGCCGGCCAGAGUUGAGUCCCCAGCUGACUGGGAUUUCCCCUGUGGGAUCCCGGAUAGAGCGGAGGGCUUUGAGGGGAAUAAAGUAACCCCACACCGGGGUCUAUCCGGAGAGGGGUGGGACCAGCCUGGACCAAGUAGGGGAAGAGCGCCAGAACAGGGUUUACAGCCUAGGCGCUCUGGGGGAGGAGCCAUGGAUUAUUUAUCAUUAUCAUUGGCUGGGACCCUGGCCACGCCCCCGAUUACUUGGCCCCCACCCUUCCUCAAGCUUAGACCCCGCCCCUUCCCCUGAAUCUGGGUCGCAGUCCCGCCCUCUUUCCUAGUACUUCCUGUUCCCGCUAACCCUGGCGUUGGGCCUGGGGCCGAAGAGUGACCGUACCCUGAGUGACCCGGGGCGUCCGAGCCGACCGGGUCGGGCCGCGAAGCCAGACCCCAGGCGCUCCUGGCGGCGCUCGGGCCGCGCACAGCCUGAGCCGGGUCCCGUCGGGCAGCGGGCUGGGGCUGACUCUUGUCUCAGGAUGCCGGGGGAGGAGGAGGAGCGGGCCUUCCUGGCGGCCCGCGAGGAGCUGGCGAGCGCCCUGAGGAGGGAUUCCGGGCAGGCGUUUUCGCUGGAGCAGCUCCGGCAGCUACUGGUCACCUCUCUGCCGCCAGCAGCCCGCUACCUGCAGCUGGAUGCUGCACGCCUGGUCCGCUGCAACGCUCAUGGGGAGCCCCGAAACUACCUCAACACCCUCUCCACGGCCCUGAACAUCCUGGAGAAAUAUGGUCGCAACCUCCUCAGCCCUCAGCGGCCCCGGUACUGGCGCGGGGUCAAGUUUAAUAACCCUGUUUUUCGCAGUACGGUGGAUGCUGUUCAGGGGGGCCGGGAUGUUCUGCGAUUGUACGGCUACACAGAGGAGCAGCCAGAUGGGUUGAGCUUCCCUGAGGGCCAGAAGGAGCCGGAUGAGCGACAAGUUGCUAUAGUCACACUGGAAGUACUGCUGCUUCGGACAGAGCUCAGCCUGCUGUUACAGAAUACUCAUCCAGAACCACAAACACUGGAGCAGCUGCUGAAAGACAAGGUUGAAGAUGAUAUACUGCAGCUCUCAGAGUUUGCCCCCUUACUGAGAGAGAUUGCUCCUGACCCCCUCACCACACCCUCUGCCCCAGCCUCCAUUCCUGGUCCCUGCUUCCUCUGUGGUUCUGCCCCAGGCACAUUGCACUGCUCAGCUUGUAAACAGGCCUUGUGCCCAACUUGUGAUCGCCUCUUCCAUGGACACCCAGACCGUGCACAUCACCUCCGCCAGACCCUGCCUGGGGUCCCCCAGGCCACCCACCUGACCUCCAGCUUACCUGCCUCAGCUCCACCACAGCCUCAGUCAACCUCCCUGCUGGCCCUGGGAGACAGCUCUCUUUCUUCCCCUGAUCCUGCAAGUGCCCGUCUUCCCUGGCACUGUUCUGCCUGCGCCAUGCUGAAUGAACCUUGGGCAGUACUCUGUGUGGCCUGUGAUCGGCCCCGAGGCUGUAAAGGGUUGGGGCUGGGGAUUGAGGGUCCCCAAGGAGCUGGGGGCCUAGAACCCGAGCUUGCACGGGGUCACUGGGCCUGCCAGAGCUGCACCUUUGAGAAUGAGGCUGCGGCUGUGCUGUGUGCCGUAUGUGAGCGACCUCGGCUGGCUCAGCCUCCCAGCUUGGUAGUGGAUUCUCAGGAUGCCGGCGUUUGCCUACAGCCCCUUCAGCAGGAGGAUGCUUUGCUCUCCUCUGCCCAGACUCCAGUGUGGUACUGUAUUCACUGUACCUUCUGCAACUCGGGCCCUGGCUGGGUGUGUGCUAUGUGCAACCGGACCAGCAGCCCCAUCCCAAUACAGCGUACCCCCCGGCCCCUUGCCAGCUCUUUGGAAGAGCGACUCCCUGAACCAGGGCCUCCACGACGCCUCAGUGCCCCCCUGGCCAGUUCCUGUGGGGACCUUGAGAAGCAACGCCAAGACAAGAUGCGGGAGGAAGGCCUCCAACUAGUGCUCAAGAUCCGGGAAGGGGAAGCCGGAGGCGCCUGUCCAGAGGAGGUCUUCUCAGCUCUGCAGUACUCGGGCACCGAGGUGCCCCUGCAGUGGCUGCGCUCAGAGCUGCCCUACGUGCUGGAGAUGGUGGCUGAGCUGGCUGGACAGCAGGACCCAAGGCUGGGUGCCUUUUCCUGUCAGGAGGCCCGGAAUGCGUGGCUGGAUCGUCACGGCAACCUGGAUGAAGCUGUGGAAGAGUGUGUGAGGGCCCGGCGGAGGAAGGUGCAGGAGCUCCGGUCCCUGGGCUUUGAGCCUGAGGAGGGGUCUCUUCAAGCCUUGUUCCAACACGGGGGUGACGUGGCACGAGCCCUGACUGAGCUACAGCGCCAGCGCCUAGAGCCCUUCCAUCAGCGCCUCUGGGACAGUGGUCCUGAGCCUACCCCUUCCUGGGAUGGGCCAGAUAAGCAGAGCCUGGUCAGACGGCUUUUGGCAGUCCACGCACUCCCCAGCUGGGGCCGGGCAGAGCUGGCACUGGCGCUACUGCAGGAAACACCCAGGAACUAUGAGUUGGGGGACGUGGUAGAAGCUGUGAGGCAGAGCCAGGACCGGGCCUUCCUGCGCCGCUUGCUUGCCCAGGAGUGUGCCGUGUGCAGCUGGGCCCUGCCCCGCAACCGAAUGCAGGCUCUGACCUCCUGUGAGUGCACUAUCUGUCCCGACUGCUUCCGCCAGCACUUCACCAUUGCCUUGAAGGAGAAACACAUCACAGACAUGGUGUGCCCUGCCUGUGGCCGCCCCGACCUCACCGAUGACGCACAGCUGCUCAGCUACUUUUCCACCCUUGAUAUCCAGCUUCGAGAGAGCCUAGAGCCAGAUGCCUAUGCGCUGUUCCACAAGAAGCUGACUGAGGGCGUGCUCAUGCGAGAUCCCAAGUUCUUGUGGUGUGCCCAGUGCUCCUUUGGCUUCAUAUACGAGCGUGAGCAGCUGGAGGCAACGUGUCCCCAGUGUCACCAGACCUUCUGCGUGCGCUGUAAGCGCCAGUGGGAGGAGCAGCAUCGAGGCCGGAGCUGUGAAGAUUUCCAGAACUGGAAACGCACCAAUGACCCGGAAUAUCAGGCCCAGGGCUUGGCGAUGUACCUUCAGGAAAAUGGCAUAGACUGCCCCAAGUGCAAGUUCUCGUACGCACUGGCCCGAGGAGGCUGCAUGCACUUUCACUGCACCCAGUGCCGCCACCAGUUCUGCAGUGGCUGCUACAAUGCCUUUUACGCCAAGAAUACCCUCCAAUGUCUCAUCUCCCCCACCCCUACACCCCUCACGCAGGGGUUCCUGAGAGGCCAGGACCCCAGCAGUCUCCAACUUCCCCUCUCCCAUCUGGGUUUCCGCCAGAAAUGUCCAGACCCUAACUGCAGGGUGAAGAAGUCCCUGCAUGGCCACCACCCCCGCGACUGCCUCUUCUACCUGCGGGACUGGACGGCUCUCCGGCUCCAGAAGCUGCUUCAGGACAAUAACGUCAUGUUCAACACAGAGCCCCCAGCGGGGGCCCGGGCAGUGCCUGGAGGUGGCUGCCGAGUGAUGGAGCAGAAGGAAGUUCCCGACGGGUUCCGGGACGAAGCCUGCGGCAAGGAGACUCCUGCUGGCUAUGCCGGCCUCUGCCAGGCGCACUACAAAGAGUACCUUGUGAGCCUCAUCAAUGCCCACUCGCUGGACCCAGCCACCCUGUAUGAGGUGGAGGAGCUGGAGACGGCUGCCGAGCGCUACCUGCACGUGCGCCCACAGCCGCUGCCUGGGGAGGAUGCCGCCACCUACCACGCCCGCUUGUUACAGAAGCUGAUAGAAGAGGUGCCCUUGGGACAGAGUAUCCCCCGCAGGAGGAAGUAGCUGAGGGCAAGGGUCCCAGUGAAGGUCCUGUGAUCUGACUCCCCGGGAACACUUCCAGCACCAAUAAAGAGGCAUUUCCUUGCCCAGG